AUGCAUUCUUUGAAAGAAACCAUUGAGCCCGUUGCUCUGGGCAUCGCCCAAGAGCAAUAUGCUGCCCGCGAGGGCGGCCACGACCAUAUCUACAUCGAUCCGGUCAAGGAGAAGAAAAUCGUCAGAAAAUUGGACAUGUACAUCGUGCCGGUUUUCAUGAUUACCUACCUCUUCAGUUUCUUGGAUCGUUCAAAUCUCGGAAAUGCCAAAGUUGCAGGCAUGGAGACCGAUCUCGGUCUCGUCAAACACCAAUUUAAUGUGGUCACAUCCAUCUUCUACGUAACCUAUGUCGUUUUCGAGGUUCCAUUGACCAUUCUAUUCAAGAUGGUUGGACCUUCUAAGAUGGUCCCGGUUAUCAUGAUCUCCUGGAGUCUUGUGACCUGUUUCACCGGUUUCUGCCAGUCUUACGGUGGACUUCUCGCCUGUCGACUCAUCCUCGGAGCGUGCGAGUCGGCGCUCUUUCCAUCACUGAAUCUCUACGUGUCCAUGUUCUGGAAACGCGAGGAGAUUGCCAGGAGAGCAUCAGGAAUUGGUAUUUCCCUCUCCCUCGCCGGCGCAUUCGGCGGUCUUUUCGCGUGGGCAAUUCUGCAGAUGGACGGUACUGGGGGUUAUGCUGGCUGGAGAUGGCUCUUCUUCAUCGAAGGAGCCAUCUCAUUUUGCCUUGGCAUUGCGGCAUACUGGCUAUUCCCAGACAGCCCAGAGACAGCAUACUUCUUGACCCCGGAAGAGAGGGAGAUUGCCAGAGCUCGCCUCGAGAUGCACGGCAACUAUGAACCUCUGGAUUAUGCUCACGUCAAAGCGGCAUUCAAAGAUCCAGUGUGCUGGCUGUCGGGAUGGAUUCAAUUCAAUGCGGACAUCUACAACUACAGUAUUUCGACCUUUUUGCCCACCAUCAUCAAAGGCCUCGGCUAUACCAGCUUGCAAGUGCAAUAUAUGACUAUCCCGUGUUACCUGCUGGGCACAAUUGCAUACUUCACUUGCGCCACCCUCUCCGACAAGACGAAACGCAGAGGACCGUUUAUGCUCUUUGCUGGGAUCUUCAUCAUGACUGGAUACGCUGUACUCUUGGGCAGCCACAAACCACAUGUGCGAUACUUUGCUUGCUUCCUGGUUCUGUUCGGGGCCCCGAUCGUUCCCGGAUUGAACUUGACCUGGCUCAAUACCAACAUGGCUCCGCAUUACAAACGUGCCACCGCAAUCGGUAUCAACCAGACCAUCGGCAACUCUGGUGGUGUCAUCGCUGGACAAAUUUUCUUGACCGGCGAGUCGCCAUACUACAAAACUGGUAUGGCAGUGAGCUUGACCGCUGUUGGCCUGACUUGGUGCUCUACCUGGGUUAUGAUGUGGAUUUUACGCAAACGAAACGCGGAGAAGGACAGAAAUAUUGCAGAGGGUUUCACUGACGAUGGCAAGGGAGACAUGGCUGUUCACUUCAAAUACCAGCUCUAG